AUUUUUCGUACCAUCGGUUAAAACACAUGUUCAGCGAUUUGUGCGGGAGUGUAAACUAAUCUGGAAGAGCAACAGCAGCGACAUCAGCAGCCACAACAACAGCAUCAUCGCCAGCAAAGCAGCAGCAGCAGAAAAUUUGAACACGUUGACGGCUUUUCUACUAGUGUUUAUCGCGAGCGGAAAAGCUUAAUUAGCGCGUACUAGCGAGACCCCGAAAUCUUUUUCCUCCUCUUGGUCUUUGCGUCUUUGAGUGUGCGUGCCAAAAUCCAAAUACGUCAUCGACGCGCGCAGCCUUAAAACGUCGAGCAAAAAAGUCAUAAAGAAUUGAUACACACACACGCACAGUGGCCCAGCGAGAUACAGAAUUCAAUUGCAGGAGCAAAUCGAGGAAAAGUUCCAUAGCACCAAACACAACAGAGCAGCAGCAGCAAUUUGAAUUAAUUAACUUGUUGUUGUGUAGCAGCACUUCAGCCCGCUUGCCAUUCGCCACGAAGCGCACCCACACAAAAGAACGUGCCGAACAGCUGAGUCGGGACUCAAACGGAGAGUAACGGAACGCCGAGCAACAAGUGCAGCAGCAGCAGCAGCAACAACACAAAGCCCUUUCCAUUGAAAGAGAGAGAAAGCCAGGCGCUCUACCCGUGUGUGUGUGUGCACUGCAAUAAAAGACGAGUGCAAACACUGCCUUGUUGUUGCCACAAUCAAUUAGAGUGAUAGCGGCGGCAGCGGCAGCGCAGCAGCAGCAUCCGCAUCAAUUCGCUGGCAGCGGCACAUCAGCACAUCAGCAUCUUCGGGCUUCGGCUUAAUUCCGAAAAGUGUCACUGUGAGCGUAGUUGCUCCCGUUCCGCCUCCGUAAUCGCAAGUGCUUGUUGUUAUUGCCGGACUCGCGAUCUGCGCUCCUCUUCGAUGUAUUGGUGACCAGCGCCGCCGCCGUCGUCGUCGUCGUCGUUGUCUUGAUUGGAACAACAACGCUCCGCCGUACUUUUUUCGUAAUUCUUUUUACUGAUUCCGAACCGAAAACUGGUGUAUCUGUAGUUUCCCGCUAACGGCGAAAAUUCACACAACUCAUUGAUAUUUUAACCUCGUGUCCGCCGCGUUGGCUGCCGCUCGACCAAGGUUCUGCCGCACAAAAUGCUCGUCUCUUUGGGCUCUUCGAAGCCUCGCUUCGUCGGACUAAAAGUGCUCCUCUAGCACGCUGCGAACACAAGUCCGGCCAACCCCCCAAAACAAGUAAAAGCGCGAGAAAGCAACCUCAAAACAAUCUAUCUAACCCAUUGAAUUGGCAGCCAAAGUUAUCACCACCCGCCGUGCGCACUGUUAUCGUUAUCGCAAAAACACAAUCCACCAGAUAAAGGCAAAACGUUUCGUUCCGUUUCGUCGUAAAUACACAGUGCUAAGUCGUGUGAACAGCCCGUCAAGAAAGCAAAAACACUGCAAAAACUGCCUAAUUCGCCUAAUGAAAGACGAGAGCAUUAUUUUUUGUGUGAAUAAUUAGCCCCGAAAAAAACCUGUUUGGAGUCGCAAAAAUUAGGCCCCCAAUAAAAAAGAGUGACGAUCCAAGAAACAAACUGGCAUCUCGCCCCGCCUGAUAUAUAACACCCCAACACAGACGCAAAGCCCGCGAUAACACCCAUACCAGAAGGAGAGCGAAAAUCCAAUCCAGCGAAUCAACUUCACAGUAACGUCGCAAACUCAGUGCAAGCCAGAGCUAAAUCGUCGAGCAAACCGAGUAGUUGUGUCUAAAAUCGAUCCAAGUCGAACCGCAAAGUGUUAACCCCAUAAACAAGAUCAGUGAUCAGUCUUCAGCGCCAACAACUGCGGAAUAAUGACAGCCUUCUGACAGUGUCACAAAAACAAGAGAACGAGGAAAUCCAAAAGUUACAUAACCAACUUUAAAUAUCCAGUCGAACAUUUUUUUUGGAACCGAAACCCCACAAGUGUCCCCAGCUUUAACUGCUAAUUGGAAUGGCGCGUAUCUGACAGUGACCAAAUAAACAACGAAAAGCUACCCCCGAAAUAGGUCCGUAGAGAACUCAAACAGCGAACUAACUUCAAAAGCGUCGUGAGCAAAUCGCCCGGGAAAACCACCGAGAAGCCCUGAGUUAUCAGUGAUAUAGUCACUUACUUAUAAUAUUCGAUUCCAGCGUAAACAACUGCUAUAUAAUGUCCGUCGCCAUCUGACAGUGGUCCAAAGAACCAGCGAAACAGAGCUAGAGAAGAAGAAUAACCUCGGCUAGACGAGACAAGUUUCACCAGAGCGAGUGGAACCUGUACCGUAGAACCCAUCGAAACAAAAAUUUGAACUUGCAAACCGGGCAAACCGAUUCAGAAAUAAAUGGAGAAAUCUGAAAUACGACUGCAGCGCAUGUCAAAUGAAUAUCAGUCGCAAUCGAGCUAUAUGUAUCUGCGGACCAAAAUGCUGUUAAAAAUCGAAAACACCCUACUUCGAAGCCAUCGUCAGCGCGAGACCACCGGUAUCAAGAAACUAUACAAUUCGUUUUUCGUAUUGUUUUAACUUGC